AUGGGUCGGAACCAACUGCAGCAGCAGCAGCAGCAGCAGCAGCAGCUGGCGUGCACCUCCCUGUCCGGCCAACGCCCCCCCGAAACCGCCGCCCCCCCGCCCCGCAGCACGCCAGCAUAUCAGCACCCCCGCAGCACAGCAGCAGCAGCAGCAGCAGCCCCACGCCAACAGCAGCAGCAGCAGCAGCAGCAGCAGCAGGACCUGUCCGGCCAGUGGGCCCAGGAGUCGCCAGGGGCCCCCAGAAGGUCCACCUUGAGGCCCCUGGCGCGGGCAAUGGUUUGGCGGCUUUGGAUUUGCUGCAGCGCCCGCAGCAGCGCUUUGCUGCGGCUGAACCAGCGGCUGCGAGCAGCAGGACCCACGAAGCUCACGCUGCAGUUGUCGAGCCCCGUGAGGUACAGCAGCGGCAAGAACCGCAGGUUCACCCGCAGCCCCCGGCCCGCCGGACGCGGCAGAACUGCAGCAGCAGCAGCAGCAGCAGCGGCAGCAGCAGCAGCAGCAGCAGGGGGUCGGUGGGGGCGGUGGCGCAGCGCCGGAGGGAGCGGCGACGGCAACGGGCAGCAGCAGCAGCAGCAGCAGGGAAGGGAGGUGCAACGGCAACAGGCAGCAGCAGUGGUAGCAGGGUCAACGGCAGCAAUGGCAGUAGAGUCAACGGCAGCAGCAGCAGCUGCAGCAGCAACAGUAGCAGCGGCAGCAGCAGUGGAGAAAACAGAGGCGGCAGGAACAGCUCAAUUAGCAUCUGUAGCAGCAUUAGCGUCAGUAGCACAAGCAGCAAAGGCAACAGCACAGUAG